AUGUCACUUCCCAUUCAACCAAUUCCUUUCCGUGAGGAGAUCAAAACCCUGAUUGAGCACAUCGCAGCUCUACAGAAGGAACUCAAGGAGAAGACAGAUAGACUCCACUUCCUCUAUGGCUUUGAACUGAGGUCUUCUGCUGCGCCGGUAGGCGAUGGCAACGGCGAUGAAGGAGCCGAGGGCGCCGAGAACGACAUAGACAGUGAAGAGCGCGAGGAUGAGCAAGAAGGCGAAGCAAAGAAGACACACAUCAAGAAAACAGCCGCCAAGGCAAAGGUCAACAGAACAGCCAUCAAGAAGACAAGCCUUAAUAAGGGCGGAAGCAAGAAGAAGGAGCCGAAAUUAUGCAAAAAGUGUGAGGAGAACUACCUGGAAGACAAUGCCCGUUCCAACUGGGUAAACUGUAAGGAGUGUAGACAUAAGAACACAGAGGAUUGGAAUGAGGGACGGGUAAACAGGGAGCGAAAGCAGAAGGAACAGAACGCAAAGCGAAAAAAGCAACAGGGAGAUGAAGUGGAAGCAGAUAAAGUAGGCGACGAAGUAGAAGAGGCCGAGGAAGGAGAUGAAGAGGAUCUAGAAGAGGACUCAGAAGACGAGGUACAGGAAGCAAGGGAGGACCAGCGCAAGCAACCUAAGAACAAGUCUGGAACAGCUGCUUUAGAACAGACUUAG